CGUACCUUCGUAUAUGGGGCCACCGGGUGCCACCUUCCUUCCCACGUUGUGGAAAUGCCCUCCCUUCCGCACACAACAAGCGACGAUCCGGAUUGCCGGAGGUGUCGGGUGGCCACUACUUAUACCGUCCCGGCGGCGCACUUAACUCGUCGGCCCCUCAAAGCACCUUGAUCGUUUCUCCGAGGACACAGCGUGAGAAUGAGACUCCCGGUCAUCGGGGGCGCCCUCGUCGGGCUGGCGGCCUCCAGUCCGGCGUUGGCAGAGUCUUGCGUUACACAAGCAUGCCGGCAAAACGCCCUGGCGUUUGCGUACCAGUACGGAUACCCGCUGUACGCGCUGGGCGAGUUCCUGCAGCCCCUCGACGGACAUGUCAGGACAAACCGCUUCCAUCACCAGGCGGAGCUGGCCGAGCCGGGCGCGAUCGCGGUGGUCCGGCCAAACGUCGACACGGUCUACUCGAUAGUCUUGGUCGACUUGUCCGCGUCUGACCUCGUGCUCGCCGUCCCCGAGUUUGACGGCCGAUACUGGUCGCAAGCGUUCCUGGACCUAUACGGCAAUGACAUCGCCAACAUUGGGAACCUCGGCAAAGACGGGCCCGGCGACUACUUGGUGCGAUACGCCCCCAACAACGCCGGGCUGCAGCGCCAAGGGGCCGAGGGGCCGUUCAAGGCGUUCGUCAACGUGCCCACGCCCUAUGCCCUUUCCAUCACGAGGAUCCUGGUCAAGAGCGACGGGGGAGACUUGGACAAGGUGCACGGGUUUCAGAAGCGGCUUCUGGUCUCUGAACGACCGCGUUACGACACCUCGACCAUCCCGCCGUUCAACCUGAGCCUGUUCUGGGAUCCAGCCCAUCGCCCCGGCCCAGAGACCUCCCUCGAGGUCGCCAUCCUGAGACUGACCGCGGCGCUGUCCGCGCACAACGCACCCUACAUUCCGCAGGACCGGGCCUGGGUCGCCCGUCUUUUGGAGGACGCAGGCAUCGCCGCCGGGCGGUUCACACAGCCGCCGGGGACCAACUUGACGAGGGCCACCGCGGCGGCCAACGACUCGGUGGCCGCCCUGCGCGCCAUGCCGGGCUUCGUCCACGACAUGGGAAACAACUGGACCCUGAGCCAGCCGGUGGGCCUGUACGGCUCCUACUACCAGGCACGAUACUUUAUCGCUGCCCGCGGGUAUCUCGCCCUCACCCAGGACCAGGUGCUGUACCCGGUAUCGCCCACGCUGGAGCUCGGGGCCAACCAGUCGUACAUUGUCCGGUUCUCCCGCCGGCCCAAGACCGUCGAGGGUGGGUUCUGGAGCCUGACCGUGUACGGGCCCGAUCAGUUCCUGGUGCCGAACCGGCUCCGGCGCUACGCCUUGGGGGACCGGAGCAACCUCACCUUCCCGGACGGGCGUUCGCUGUCCGAGGGCCCGGACGGCCCGUUCGACAUUUUGCUUCAGUCGAGCGAGACCGAACCGCCGUCAAACUGGACGAGCAAGUACGUUAGCUGGCAGAGAGCAGGCCUGGACGCGCCGGCUAACUUCAAGGCAGUUGGCUCCCCGUGGACGCGCGCGGCGGCCGGUUUUCAAUCAACUUACGCUUCUAUGGAGCCACCGACGAACUUGUCGACGGCUCGUAUACAUAUCCAAAGUUCAUUCUUGGAGGGUCCAUUCGCAAGUGAGGGCGGGGGUUGGGCUCGGGCUCCCCGACAAGUGAACAGUGAAUGCCAACAUUCGUCCGUCGUCUCGUCAGGCCAAAAUACGUGACGGAACCCGACGCUGGGAAUUUCAUCUGAACCCGGUGUAGCCUAUGGUACGGUCU